CACUAACUACACACACGUGUGCAAAAAUGUGUAUGACAUCUCAGCCUGGCUUACACAACCUCUCUCUCUCUGCCUGGUUAUAAAACACAGAAGCAAAGGAAGGAGGAGGAAGAAGAACACACACCACACCGAGCAGGACCGGGACAGCCGAGAUAAAGGUAAAGGAAUAAUCAGUGAAGAUGCUCUCCACACUCCCAGUGGUGCUCUUGCUCAGCUUCAUGUUCCUCACACCGAUGCUGAGUGAGAAGCUCACACUGAAGCCUCCUGAGCAUGAGAUGUUUAACGGCUCUCUGUACGCCACAUGCAGGAUGAAACCCAACACCCAGCUGCUGGCAGGAAUGCCCCGGGUCUACGGUCACGUCCUGUUUAAACAAAGCGGCCCACAGGAGAAGUUACAGGUGAUCUUCAAGCUGUACAACCUGCCUGAGAAUUACUCAAAAUCCCGAGCAAUACACAUUCACCAGUACGGAGAUCUCAGCGAGGGCUGCACCUCCACCGGCGGCCACUACAACCCACAGGGAGUCGACCAUCCGCUUCAUCCGGGGGAUUUUGGAAACUUUAUAAGCCGCAACGGCAAGAUCCGGCGGUCUGUAACCUCUAAAGCCACUCUGUACGGCGGCUCCUCGGUGCUGGGCCGUGCCGCGGUGAUCCACGAGAAGGAGGACGACAUGGGACACGGAGGAGACGCAGGAAGUCUUCUGCAUGGGAAUGCGGGAGCACGACUGGCCUGCUGUGUAAUCGGAAUAAGCAGCUCCAAACCCUGGAAUAAAUCUCGUCACUGAAUUAAUCUGAGGUCUGGGAGUCUGUACACACAGCUCUGAUGAUCUGAGGCUCUGAGGAGGGAAAAUAUGAAAUCAUCCUGUUAAUGCUCACUGGGAGGAUAUAAUGAUGUCAUGAAUAGGGAAGCGUAAUAUAUGCAGAACAAACUGAAUAAAGGAACCAAGAAACAAACACUAAAGGAGAUGAAGAAAUAUUUCUACACAAUUUACUACUUACUUUUCUUCCAUUUCUAUGUCUCCUUCUUUAUUACUGAUUAUUAUUUACCUUUUAAAAUGUUUUUGUUCUUCUUAACAUACAUUGAUUCUGUAUUUUUUUUUCUUUUUGUUUGAUUUCCCUCACUCAUUGGGCUGAGAAUGUAUUACUGUCUCUAUAUUACUAUAUAAAUACGGAAUUAUUUUGUGUGAUACAUCUAAAUAGUUUACAUUUUUAACAAUAACAGAAUUGUCAGAAGAUUCUUCUUCUUUAUUAUACAAUUUCAGUCAUUCCUUACAAGCUGAAAAAACAAAAUGAACUCUCAGUGUUAGUUAAUUGUUUGUGUAAUUGUGCCUUUUCCCUUUUAAUCCAGUUUACUCAAUCCCGCUUUCAAUGUGUAAUAAAUAAUGUGUGAUUCAGGAUUCAUCUGUAUUUUUCUGUUUAUAGAUCUCCAUGCAUAUGACCUUGUGUUAUGUUUAAAAAGUCUGGGUCAUGUGAAGAUUUCUGGUCAUGCUGAACAUGUCAAACGAAGAGUAAUACAAAACUGGAGUGAUAUUUUAUAUUACAUGUAGAUUUGCAUUGUGAUUGUUUCUCUUUUAAUUUUAAUUUUAAUACUUUAUAUUUUAAAAGAAGAGUCAAGUCUCUAGGACAAAUAAUUAUAAUAAAUUAGAAGCAAUAUGCCAGGCAUAAAAUGAUGAAGGUAAGUUUAGAAAAUGAUCUUGUUCCUGAAAUCAUGUAAACUUGUUUAAUCUUUUUGAGCUGUAUGUGAAAAUUCAGUAAUAAAGUUAUCCAAAAUUA